UUCAGUGACACCCCUUCAUCAACUCUUUGUUACUGAAUCGAACCUCAACCACCCAACAUGGGUAUGAAGCUCAAGAAGCCUGAGGGUGCCGCCGGUUCGGCCGUGCCCGCCAUCAUGAUCGGCUUGUUCGUCGCUUUUGGUGGCGUUUUGUUUGGAUAUGACACUGGGACUAUCGGCGGUAUCCUAGGCAUGCACUAUUGGAGGAAAGAGUUCUCGACGGGUUUUACUAAUAAGAAGGAUGGUCUCCCCGACAUCACUGCCAGCCAGUCUUCAGAAAUAGUGUCUAUCCUCUCUGCUGGUACAUUUUUCGGAGCUCUCACUGCUGCCCCCACUGCUGAUAUGAUUGGACGACGCCUUGGCUUGAUUGCUUCGACUGCUGUCUUUACUUUUGGCGUCAUUCUCCAAACCGCCGCUACUGCUAUCCCUAUGUUUGUCGCUGGCCGAUUCUUCGCAGGAUACGGUGUGGGCAUGAUUAGCGCGAUGAUUCCACUUUAUCAAUCUGAGACAAGCCCGAAGUGGAUCCGUGGCACCGUCGUCGGAGCCUACCAGUUGGCAAUCACUAUCGGCCUUCUCCUUGCGGCCAUCGUUGAUAACUCGACAAAAAAUCGAAAUGACACGGGCUCCUAUCGAAUUCCUAUCGCAGUGCAAUUCGCAUGGGCGAUCAUUUUGUUCGUUGGGUGCGCCUUCCUCCCCGAAACGCCUCGCUAUCACAUCAAGAAAGGCAGGCCUGAGAAGGCGGCGAAAUCCCUCUCCAAGCUGAGGAGACUUGACGUUGACCACCCAGCUCUCCUAGAAGAACUUGGCGAGAUCACCGCUAACCACGAGUACGAGCUAUCGUUGGGCAGGGCAACUUAUAUCGAUUGCUUCAAGGGAACUCUUGGAUUUCGCCUUCUCACUGGGUGUCUCCUCCAAUCCCUUCAGCAGCUCACUGGUGUCAAUUUCAUCUUCUACUAUGGCACUUCGUUCUUUCAGAAUUCGGGAAUCAAGAACCCCUUUAUUGUGACUAUGAUUACAUCCGCGAUCAACGUUGCUUCAACCUUCCCUGGUCUAUACCUCGUUGAAACCUGGGGUCGCCGUAACCUUCUCCUCUUCGGCGCUGUCGGUAUGGCUGUGUGCCAAUUCAUCGUCGCUAUCACUGGUACUGUCGCCGGAGUCGAAAACAUGUCAGCUCAGCGAGCGUUGAUUGCAUUUGUCUGCAUCUACAUUUUUUUCUUUGCAUGCUCCUGGGGACCUGUGGCAUGGGUAGUAACUGGAGAGCUCUUCCCUCUUAAAGUUCGAGCCAAGUCUCUAUCUAUGACCACCGCCUCUAAUUGGCUUCUAAACUGGGCUAUCGGAUACGCAACGCCCUAUCUCGUCAAUAACGAACCUGGUGAUGCCAAUCUCGGUUCCAAAGUCUUUUUUAUCUGGGGCGGCUGCUGCUUCAUCUGCAUCUUCUUCGUCUGGGGCAUGAUCUAUGAGACUAAAGGCCUCUCUCUCGAGCAAGUCGACGAGCUAUAUGCUAAAGUCAAUCGGGCCUGGAAGUCGCCUGGUUUCGUGCCAACAGUCUCUUUCCAAGACGUCCAGGAUGCACAUGCCGAUACUCGGCGUAUGAGCUUGGUUGAAGUGGAGAAUGAGGCUAUUCGCAAGAAGAGCGUUGUGUACAAUGAGGGUCAGGGUCCUUUGGGUGAGAAGGAGUACUAGUCUGUCGGCUCGUGGUGGCAUUUGAUGCUGCUUCAAUCGCUCCUGGCAUAGGAGAUGAUUGGGAAAGGAUUGUUCUGCUCCUUUCUCCGAAGAGGGGGAGCUGUAACUACGUCUGCGGGUUUGGAAUAUCCGGACUCAGUUGUAGACCAAGACAUCACUUUG